AAUCAAUCGCCCAAGGGUGCCGCAAAACCGGUUCCUGUUUAACGGAGGAGAAUUGACUGCGCGUUGACAUUUCAUCAUGGAUUUGGAGCUCAACCGUUCCGACUACGUUCAGGUUGACGGGACGUCCCCAGGAGCUACCAAGAUCCUUCCGCAUUCAUCGGAACCUAAAGGGUGUCAAAAGGUGGUUGUCGGCAGUCAAUCUGGAGUCGUUCACUCAUUCGGGGCUAGCCGUGGGCACAUUGAAACGGUGUUCAAGACGUUGCCUGGAAAAGGCGUGAGCUGCAUUCAGCUAGGCGGGGCCAUCGGCAGCGUCCAGGACAAGAUAUUUGUGGCGGCCGGCAAUGAGAUCACUGGUUACACACGCAAAGGAAAGCAGUUCCUGAAGUUCGACACCAACCUGACAGACACCAUACGGUGCAUGAGCGUGUGCGGCAACGACCUGGCGGUGUGCGGGGAGUACGUUUACAACCACUACUUUGAAUGCCAGGACAAGAACUACUUCCUGUCGAGUGGCCGCAUCAACGACAUGCUCCUGCUACCCGUGGACAAGCUUAGGGCUCUGGUGCCCGUGCUCGCUUGCCAGGACAGGCUGCUUCGGGUGCUCAAGGAUUCUCAAUGUCAGAUCGAGAUUGAAGUGUCUGGCCCUGCUACAGCACUGACUCUUUACCAAGGAGAUGGAGGGCCAACAGGGAAGGACGUUGUGUACGGCACCAGUGAUGGCAAAAUCGGCCUCCUUUCGAUCGACAAGCCUUCUCAAGCUCCAGUCUGGGAGAUCGAAAAUCCCAACGGAGGUGGAAGUGUCACUUGUCUCGGCUCUUACGACAUGACGGGCGACGGGGUUCUGGACCUUCUUGCCGGAAGAAAUGAUGGUCAGGUGGAAAUAUACUCCUUCAACGACCUGGGUGAACCAGUGCUGCGUUUCGCAUACAACUGUGGCGAAAGCGUCACGUCCGUGCAAGGUGGCGUCAUCGGGAACGCGCGCUAUGACGAAGUCCUGGUCACGACUUACAGCGGCUGGCUCUUCGGACUGUCCGCCGAGCACGCAGAGAAAAGGCUGGACCCCAACUACCUACUUAUUUCUCCGGAGUCGGCGCAAAAGAUUCUGAAACUAAAGGAGGAGGUGGAGCAGCUGGAGCAGAAGGUGGCCCGGGAGCGCGAGCUGUACCAGCUGCGCACCUACUCGGACAAGGGCGCUGUGUCGGCGGUGCCCUUCUUCGCGAUGGACGACUCGUUCGUGCUCCACCACCAGGAUGCCUCGUACGCGCUCGCCGUCCAGUUGCAGACGGCCAUCGACACUGUCGUCCUGCAGUCCAACGUACCUGUGGACCUUCUGGACAGCAGCAAGAACUCGGCCGUUGUCAGUUACACGUCGUGUGACCCUCAAGCGAGUGGCAACUACCUGCUCGCCACAUUCCGGUGCCAGGCGAACACAUCGAGGCUCGAGGUCAAGGUUCGCACCAUCGAGGGCCAGCAGGGCGUACUGCGCGCCUACGUCACUCCGCAGUUGCAGCCCAAGUGCUGCCGACUGCGCGAGUACCAGAUACGGCCCCUCUCGCUGCACCGGCGGGCGCACUCCGUGCAUCAGGAGGACAGGCCGCUGAAUGUGCUGAAGCUUCGCGGCCCUUUCAGCCUGGCAGAGAUGCAUGCUUGGCUGGUGCUGAGCCUUCCGGAGGUGGCCGAGAGGCCGCCGCCGACGGACUCGGCCACGCUUCACUUUGUCUCCACCUUCCUCGGGACCUUGCUCACUUGCGUUUACAGACGUGGCGAAGCAAUAUUCAAAUCCGACAACGUUUCUACAAUAUCAAUACUAAAGGACUUCCUUGCUAAGCAGGCCACUCGGAAGAAAAUCAGAUUGGACAUCGUAUGUGACAUCAAUGACGACAGUAUAGCGCACACGCUACGGAUGAUUCACCCCAAGCUUGAGCACCAGCUGAUAUUAGCCAAGAAAGUGCAACUCGUGGAAGCCCUGAAGGAUCUCAAGGUGUAUGAAGGAAAUGCGGACUGCCUUGCACCUGAGUAUCAAGACAUACUGGCGCGAAGUGAUGAGCUGGAGAUGGAAUUCAAAAGACAACCAUGUCAUUUGGAAAGACUUUACGGAAUGAUCACCGACCUCUACAUUGACGUCUACAAAUUUAAAGGAACCAACGUGAAGAGCAAAGUUCCCGCACUGCUCCAAGUUCUCGACCACUACGAGUUCAAUGCGCUGAUCGACUUUUUUAGUAACCAAGUGUAGCCCCUAUGAAUAUGUAAUGCCUGGAACUGGUCAAUCUGCUUCACAAUA